UUCAAAAGUCCACCAAGGUAUUAGGUUUGCAUGCGGAGAAUGUGAUUUUGACUUCAAAUAUCAGGGGAAUCUAUCCAGACACUGCAUUGCCAAACACGCUGGUGCGGGGCGAAACGGGCGUCCAGGAAAUCCUCUUCAACAAAGGGCAUCGGUUAUUCAGCACACAUCACACAUGCCUUCAACAUCUGGUUUAGGUCGACAGACAGAACAACAGUUUUGGGAAAGCGAAGACGACGAAACAUUUGUCCAAGCCGAAAAUAAUAUGGCGUCAACUUCAAGAGUUGCUACAGGUGUAGAUAAAAGAUCGUUCGAAGAACUGUGUGACAGCGAAGGCGAUGAGGCAUGUUUGCAGGCUCUUGAUAGUAUAACGGUCAACAGAGAAAACAACGCAAAUAAUAAACGGUUGAAAAGCCACCGUUUAGAUGCAGUAACGAGAGAAGGAUUCGUUUUGACCACCACAGGGUUUAGAGGUUUAUGUAAAGCCUAUUAUAAGAAAAAUUUUAAUCAAUUAGCGGACUAUGAAUCUUUCUUGGCUGAUACCAAACCUCAACUAAUCGAACUUCUUAAAACACUCGUUGCUGAAAAUGCUAUCAAAUAUACGUUGAAACUUGAGUCGACUUACAAAAUCCCAUCCACCGAUGUUCUUGAAAACCGGGCUUUCAAGACGUCUGCGAAGACAUUGCUACCUGAGACCAUCAUUGAAGACUAA